AUGACUGAGUCGGAUAACAGUCAUCUCACGAAUCACACUUUUGAAGAAAUGCGAUUUUUCUUCACUCCAAAAGAAUUAUACUAUGAUGAAUUGAUUUGGGAUAUAAUGGAAGUUCAACCAGACGACGUGGAGUUGACUUUCAUUAUGUCAAUGAUCUGUUUCCACGUGGCAGCAACCCACUUUGGAGGAGAAACUCAGGAGGAAAUGGAAAGACUACAAGAUGUUCUUGCAGAUGACCUUCAUGAGCACUACACUAAAAAUUACAAAACAAAGUACUCGUUGCGGCUGAAACAACUAAUGAGAAUCAAGGAAAACUUUCUGAAGCUUCGGAACAUUCGUCUCGAAAAAUACUCGAUUGGAGGACUUUUCAAUCUAUUUAAUAUGAAUUUUUCGAAUCCCGAAUUCUUCUGGGUGCCUCCUCAGAAAUAUGUUUAA